GGCUGUCAAACGAAGGUGAAAGUUUUGGUCGGCGAGUUGCAUAGCGCACGCUUGCUUCUGUUAUUGUUGUAUUUUUGAUCAAUUUUUAACAGAAUUACUAACCCAAAACCCUCCCCGAUAAUCUCCCAGCACUGCCCGUGAAUCUGUGGAAAUGAGUUUCAAGUAUGAAUGUGCCGACUUCUCGCAGUUUCAGGAGCAGCUGAAAAAGAUGCGUGAUCUUGAUGACAAAAUCAUCUACGCACUCAACACAUCCAUACCGACGGAAUCGUUCAAGGGUCAGGUGGAUGCUGAGGCAAAGUGUCGUGAGCUGCACGGUGAGCUUCAAUCAGGCUACAGCCACCGGCAGGACGCGAUAAAGAAGUGUAUCGUCGUGUGCGCCGAUACGGUCAAAACGCUCAAAGACAAACGGGAGGAAAACAAAGAUGACAUUGCACUGAACAAGCAGUUCAAGACGGAGCAACGGAAACUACGAUUACUGCAAGCGGAACUCAGCGUGGAGGACAUUAUUCGGGAACGAACGCAGAAAACGUUCCGUGAACGUUGUAGGCUAUUUUUCCGGUUUCCGGAUUCGCUCUAAAGCGGCGUAGAAUCAGAAAGAGAGAGAGAAGCUUUCUAGAAGGCUCCAUAAGGCAACGGUCACGAACACAGCUAGAUUUACGUGCCGUCCCCGUUCUAAAAGGUAUAGUAGCAUUUAUUGGUGAGCAGCGCAUUUAAUAACUUCGGGGCUUCGGUGGGGUGAACACUGUCGCGAGAUUUCCUUCCCACUGGUGUUGCUGGUGUUUUUACAAAGAUUUUAGUAGAUUCAGGGUGUGAGGUCGAUCGUGCCAAGACGCGACCGAUCUUGUGAGGCAAAUCAAUAUCACGCAACGCGGCAAAAAUGUUAUAAGAUGUUGUUUACUGUAGUAAAGUGUAAUAGUGGUCGAACUAUUCCGAAAGA